AUGAUGUUGCGCUGCGCAUUUGCAUUGCUGGCACUGGCAGGGGCUACUUUUGCUGGCUCUGAGGUCAAAGAACUUAAGGUAGACGUAGUGAGCGUCCCAGAAGGCUGCAGCGUAAAGUCCAAGCACGGUGAUAUGCUGACCAUGCACUACACGGGCACGCUCGACGAUGGUCACAAGUUUGACUCCAGCUACGAUCGCGACCAGCCGUUCACAUUCCAAAUUGGCGUCGGUCAGGUAAUUAAGGGAUGGGACCAGGGUCUGCUGGACAUGUGCGUUGGCGAAAAGCGUAAACUGACCAUACCAUCCUCAUUGGGAUAUGGCGAACGCGGGGCUGGUAACGUGAUCCCCCCUCACGCCACGCUUCAUUUCGAAGUGGAACUGAUCAACAUUGGGGACUCCCCACCGACCACCAACGUCUUCAAGGAAAUUGAUGCCGACCAGGAUAACAUGUUGUCCCGUGAAGAAGUAAGCGAAUACUUGAAAAAACAAAUGGUGCCUGCGGACGGCGCCGAAAUGAGCGAGGACAUUAAGCAAAUGCUCGAGAGCCACGACAAGCUCGUCGAGGAGAUCUUCCAGCACGAAGAUAAGGACAAGAACGGCUUCAUCAGCCACGAGGAGUUCUCCGGUCCAAAACAUGACGAGCUG